CGCUCACGCGUCUGAUCAUAUACAUACACUGACUACGUCUUACGUGAUAGUCAUCGAUGGAGAGUCUGGGUCUAUCGUCCAACACUAUCGUACGGCUGCUGGCAUUACAUGGGGUGGUAUGUACAUGUGUUUGCGUCGUUAUCCGAAAUCAGGCUAUACUCAUACAUUUAUUACAUUAUACAGUCUUCGUAACGGAGGUAGUAUAUACCUUGCCUAGCUGAUGCUUUCUUAGAUCUCCC